AUGGAAAAUCCUAAUCCUCGAUUUUUGAGUAAUAUACAAGAUGAACCAUCAAAUAUGUUACAACCAAUAGCCGGUUAUGAACGGGAACCAUUACUUUGUUUAGAAGAAGCUUGUGAACCACUUUAUUCUUUAAUAAAUGAUCUUCCACAAUAUAUUUGGAUAUCAAAAUGUAAUUGUCAAAAUCCUGAAGAUGGUUUAACAAAAGAUGAAUCUGCUUCAAUUCAUCUUUAUACAAUGGAAUGGCCUAAUAGUCAAGAAAGUUUUUAUGCAAAACUUAAUCAAACAUUACGUAGUAUUAAUCGUCAAGAAUUAAAACCAUGGUUUCGUUAUUUAAAAUUAUUUUUAACAGCUCUUUUUAAAUUACCAUCUAUUGAAGGUGUUGUUUGGCGUGGUGUUCUUGGUGAUUUAUCGUCUCAAUAUUUAACAACAAAUCAACAAGCAUGGUGGGCAUUAAGUUCAUGUACAUUAUCAUUAAAAAUUCUUGAAUCUCCAUUAUAUUUGGGUAAGAUAGGAACUCGAACACUUUUUUCAAUUGAAACUCAAACUGGUCGUCGAAUUCGUUCACAUUCAUAUUUUAAACAUGAAGAAGAAAUUCUUUUAUUACCUGGAACUUUUUUUCAAAUUAUUUCACAUUUAUCACCAGCUGAAAAUUUACAUAUUAUACAUUUAAAAGAACAACAAGCACCAUUUCCAUUACUUCAAUUACCAUUUUCAGAAGCACAAAUACGAGGAAAAUUUCGAGAAAAACUUAAAAAUGAAAAUUCACAACAACGUAUACGUCAUUUAAUUACAUUUGCUAAUUUAAAUGAGAAAAUUUCAGCUACACAUCAUCUUGGUGAUAUAACAAAUGGUUAUGAAAAUCUUCGUUGGCAUAAUGUAUCAUAUAUGCAUAUGGAUCAUGCACUUCAACAUAUUAAAUGUAAAGCUACAGGUUAUCAAUAUGUAUUUCAAAAUGAAAUACAACGAUAUCGUUCACCUUAUAUUGCAUUAAAUUCAUGUGGAAAAUCGAUGUUAAUUGGUUCAUUAACAGAUGAUGAUUCAACAUUUACUGUACAUACAAUUGAACUACAAUCGGGAUCAGAAGAUAAUUUAGAAAUUUUUAUUUUUGGAUUUAAAUCAAAUGUAAAAUUAUUUAAGAAAAAAAUUAAAUUAUUUAUAGAAAAAUCAACAUUAGUUCAACUUGAAUGGAAUAAUAUUGAUUUAAUUACAUUUGAAUCAACAAAUAAUGAAGAAGAUAAUAAAAGAUUUCAUUUUAUUCUUAUUUCUAUUGAAAUUACUUAA